AUGCCAGGUAACAAGAACGAAGAAGUAGCGGCACUCGAGGCACUGCGGGAUUCAUCGGCAGAUCUGGUUUGCUAUUUAGAAAGUAUUAAUCAAAAGUUGAUGCAGAUGAACGAACAAAAUGAGAUGUCAUUGCGCGUACUAGAAAAUUGGUCGAGCGUCAUUGCCAUUUCCAAAAUCAGCUCAUCAUCGACAGUCGCCACGUCGUUAGGAAAAUCUCAAGAAAAAGAACUUCAAGACGUUAUGCGCACUACUGGACUUGACUUGCCCUUCUCGCGAGAUCAAGUCACAAGCUGGGUCAUUGAGCUGAUUUUAAUCGGGAGCUUUAUUUCGUUCGUGACGACAUUAUUGAGUAGGGACAAGUGUCUUGCCAUUCUUCUUCCAAAUGCUCUGUUGGUGACCAUAUUCAUUACUUCAUGGUGCAUCUGCGAAGUGAGGGAUCCUUCAAAGCCUAAACCUACAAGUUUAUUACCCUCUUUAUUAAAAAUCCCGGGCAAGGAAUCACGAUAUUGUGGAUUAUGCAUUAAAAACAGCCCUGGGCUUGACCAUCAUUGCACUUGGUUAAACACCUGUAUUGCAGACAGCAACUAUGAGGCAUUUUACUGGCUCGUGGUGUCAGCAACAUGUCAAACAUCACUUCAGACUGUAAUUGGGAUCCUCAUGUGCACUGUGUGGAAGUCGGAAGUGAUAAGCAAUGCCGCGAUCGGGUGGGAUACAACAGUCAUUACGCUGCUUUGGAUACACAACGAAUGGGUACGUACGACUUCGUCUUGGAAAACGGCUCCGACGGAUUAUGCACCCGCUUGCUUAAGUGUUCCUGUUUUUGUUGCAAGAAGCCACGAAUUGCGAGGCACAGCCAGAAAAGUGCUGAAGACGAAUGUUAAGCCACUUGAUUAUGCGGCAGCAUCAACACAACGAGAAGUGGACAUUUCUAUGCGUAUCAAUGAGAGUGACGACAUUUACGAUGAGAUCGAGUUGAACAGCGAAACGAAACAUUUACCAGAUAGUCGACCCUGGCCACACAGCACAGUAGCGUUGGAGACGUCGUCGGGUAUUUUCCAGCAGAAACUUCUUCUCACCUUAAACAAGAUGCGUCACGUUGCUGCUUUACUGUUAUGUGUGCUUGGUGGUAAUGCGACCCCUACUGUGGCUGACCUUGAGAAGGUUGUGAAGUCAUUUGGCGGUGAAUUCGACAAGGAACAGGCCGAAAAGCUUCUAAAGGAGCUCGAGGGCAAGAACAUCGAAGAAGUGAUUGAGGCUGGCAAAGCUAAGCUUGCUACCGUUUCGGUUGGUGCUGCCCCUGCUGCCAGCGGUGCUGGUGCUGCUGCUGCCCCUGCCAAGGUGGAGGAGAAAGUUGUCGAGGAGGAAGAAGAAGUCGACAUGGGUGGAGGCAUGGAUAUGUUUGGCGGAGACGAGGACUACUAG